AACCACGCCGCCAGUAAUUGGGUUUCCGGUUUUGAUCUUUUCCUAUGGAGGCAAAGGGCUUCGUAGAGAUACUGAAAAUAUUUACAAACUGAAUGUGGAUUCCGGCUUGUUUUUCCGAUAGCUUUUUCCUCCCGUUUUAACCGAAAACCAGUGUAUGUCGAGGUAGCAGUGUGUGUGAGUGGAUCAUUCCGAGCAGAGCAGCAGUGUUAUUGUUUUCCGUUUUCCACGCUGGUACAGUCGGAGCACAUUUCAGCGUCAUGUCUGACUCGGAGGAGGACAGCCAGGACAGGCAGCUUAAAAUUGUAGUGAUUGGAGACGGUGCGUGUGGAAAGACAUCACUCGCCACCAGGUUUGCACAGGAGGCCUUUGGGAAGCAGUACAAACAAACCAUUGGCCUGGAUUUCUUUCUGAAGAGAAUAAGCCUUCCAGGCAACUUGAACGUGACCCUGCAGGUGUGGGACAUUGGAGGCCAAACGUUAGGAGGGAAAAUGCUGGAUAAAUAUGUAUACGGAGCUCAUGGGGUUCUUCUGGUUUACGAUAUCACCAACUACCAGAGCUUUGAGAAUCUGGAGGAUUGGUUCAGCAUGUUGAAGAAGGCCAACGAGGAAUCUGAUAUCCAGCCGGUUGUCUCCCUGAUUGGGAACAAAAUCGACAUGGAGCACAUGAGGACAGUGAAGGCGGACAAACACCAGCGUUUCUGCCAAGAGAACAGCCUCAUCAGUCAGUUUGUAUCGGCCAAGACGGGGGACUCGGUGUACCUUUGUUUCCAGAGAGUGGCAGCUGAGAUUCUUGGUGUAAAGCUAAACAAAGCAGAAAUCGAGCAGUCACAGAGGAUUGUGAAGGCUGAGCUGGUGGACUACCCACAGGAUGAAGGCCCAAUUAGACAAGAGAACAACCACCAAAGCAAAAUAUGUUCUGUUCAAUAGUUGAAACGUGUGGUAAAGGCAGACAUCGUGAACUACAGUCAGGACACAGUGGCCAGGACAGUCAACCCCCCUCGCAGCUCUAUGUGUGUGGUGCAGUGACACACACACACACACACACACACACACACACACACACACACACACACACACACACACACACACACACACACACACACACACACACACACUCAUACAUACAUAAUGUAAAAUUGCCUUCAGUCAGUAUUCCUCUCUCUUCAGGAUUCAUGGGGUGACUGGAUGAAAUGUGUUCAGUGUGUGUUCUCUCUAUUCCUGUGUGUCAGUUGUACGGGUGAGAUGAAGAACAGACUGUGUGGUUUCGAGGCCUUGGCCUGUAGUUCGGAUAUUUAGCAGGAACGAUUUCUUGGGUGGUUUACCAAAAAAGGAAAUGGGACCUUUUUUUCAAGUUUACACGCAGCUAUCAUUUUAUGUCUGUGAUUCACCUUAAAUACAUAUAAAAACAAAACUCUUUAAGCGAUUACUUGAUUUAUGUGUUAGUGCAGUAUGAAGCUGGUUGUUUAAAGGGGAAAGGAUUCGUUGUAACAGUUAAACAGGGAGGUGAAACCAAAUGCUCUUUUAUGUCUGUGGUGCUCCUCAGUUGAACAGAAAGGAAAUAGGCGUUAAGAAAAUGCUGUAGUGGACUGAAAUGAAUCUCUGUUUUCAAUUUGCCAAUUAGGGGCUGUGACGUGAACUGUGUACUGUUAUUUUACAUAGAGAUAUUUAAAUUUUACAAUCCUAACUCAAUAUUUACAUUUUAUAUUCAUUAUUCUUCAGAUUAUAUCCAAAUAAUUGAAUAGUAUCUCCGUUUUCCAGAUGUUUCUUGUAGAGUCUACAUUGCAUUUUGAUAAUUUAGCUUUACAUUUUCACACUAUGUGACAUUCCAGGGUUUGUCCUGUUAGGGGAUAAUUCAGAUGCUGUGGUGUUAAAGUGUUGAUGAAGGUAGGUGAAUAUGACCCAGGAAGUACCUGAGUCUCAAGCUGAGCUGAAAUGCAGAACAUGUUAUUAGAGGUCUAUACAUAGCCUUAUUCAGCUGUCCGUUAUAGAACAGAAGUUUGCAUUGAAGAAUGGCUAUGAUGCAUGAAAUGCUUCAUAGGAUCUUCAUUUUGACCACAUUUUAAUAGCCUGUUUGACAGUAUGUGUAUUGUUAGAGACAACUGAGAUAUUGCACGUUUAACCAGUUUUGUCAAAGUAGUUUCUACAUGCUAGUACUUGUUGGCAUGAUUUAAUGUGUUGUCCACCUACCGAAAUAUCCGCCAUAUGUGUAAAGUAUGUAUUUGUACAAUAAAAGCUCCAUUUCAAAGCUGCUUUCAUCGAUUAGAAAUGAUCAUAACACAUCCUGUAAAUUCUGAAUAUGUAAACAAAAUGUACACUUUAAAAAAAGUUAAGAAUGUACAGUUUAAAGUGAAUGUUUAGUCGACGUUAAACAGUGACACAGUUUUGUGUUUCUAAAUAAAAAUGCUACAUUGAAAAUAAGAAAUGA